CUUCUCAAAAGAAAUCCAAAACCGACUUUCGAAUUUAACCCAUUCCCAGAGAAACCCCAAUCCCCAAACAAAUCUGUCUAAUAGCUUUCACUUUCUAAAUUCCGACCAUCUAAUUCGCUUGUUGGCAAAUUCGAUGCGACUCCUCUCCCACUUGUAAUUGGAGUUCUCCUUAUUUGGUUUUCUUCAUCUGAUUCAAUCCACGGUCGCUCUUGGCAUUUUUCUUCUUGAAAUUUCUAUGCAUAUUCUCGUUGAGCGUUGUCUUCGGCUCUGGUAUCUUUAGAUUUUUCGUUGUAUCGGAUGCUGCAGGCUGUGAUCGGGAUAUUUUGCAGAGAUUGAGAGGAUUUUCAUGCACGUAGAUGUCUAGCAGUUCUAAUAAUGGCUAUGCCACAGAUGUUAAGUUCUUACGAAGAGGAUCAGUGUAUACAGAGAGAUUGGAGACAGUUGCAAAUGCAGCAUCCGAGGCGUGCCUUAGUGAUAGUACACGCAUCCAGAAAUUGGAAAGAGAGUUGAUGAAUUGCUGUCAAGAGAUAGAAUAUUUGCAGGAUCAACUAAAUCUGCGGGAUGUUGAGGCAAAUUUUAUGGGUGAACAUGUACAUAGCCUUGAAUUGAAGCUUGCAGAAGUUAACAAGCUAAAUGAAAGGUUAAGAUCGUUAGGCGAGCAACUAGUGCAAUCUGAUUCUCAACGCCUGAUUUUGUUGCGGGAAUUAAAAUGCAGAGAAGAAAAGUUGAAGAAGUCCGCUUUGCAUAUAGAGACACUUGAUACAGCAAUUUUGGAUUCACAAUGUGAAAUUGAGAGUUUAAAACUUGAUAUAACUGCUUUAGAGCAGAGAUGCCUUGAGGCAGAGAGCUUUUGCCAACAAGCUGAUCAGGAAAAAGAUAUGAUGAACUCACAAUUGGAAGAACUACAAUUCCGGUUUCAAGAGGCGCAACAGGUGAUUUGCCAUUUGGAAAAUGAGAAUAAAAAACUGCAAGAGAAGAUACAGUUGUCCGAGAGAAAUACUAAAGAAUGUUUUCAUAAAGUUGAAGAGCAACUUCAGAAAUGGCUGGAACACUGUAACAAAAUGGGUAUCCAUAUUCGUUAUGAAUCUACCCAGGCCUUACUGCUUCAUACAAGGAAAGAGCUCCCUUUACCAAAAGAAAUGUGCACUUGUGAGGAAUUUUUAGGCCGAUUCCUUUCAAAAUCUGUUGCUGUAGCAUCUUCUGAUGAACAUGUAAAGGAUGAGAUAGAGAAGAUGGCAAAUCAGAUCCGUGAAUCUGAACUACUAGUAAAGCAGCUCAAGGAAGAGCUUAGAGAAGAAAAGCGAAAGGCAAAGGAAGAAGCAGAAGACCUUACUCAAGCAAUGGCUGAACUAAGGUACCAAAUAAUGGGCAUGCUUGAAGAAGAAUGCAAACGUCGAGCUUGCAUUGAACAAGCAUCUAUUCAGCGGAUUAAGGAUUUAGAGGCACAGGUACAGGAGCAGAAGAAAUCUACUGUGGCCCUUAGGUAUUUUCAGGAAGUACAGGAACAAGCUGAAAGGCAAUCCAUGGAGGUUAGGAAAUUAAAGAAUGCAUUGGAGCGGUUGCACCGGUGCACAGACCUGGGGAAUGCUUCCGAAAAUGAAUGCUGCAUCUGUAAUUAUUGCACAAUUUCACUAGACUCAUCAGACUACCAGAUUGAAGCGCCUGUAGAUGCUGAAGCCAAACACCUCCAGUACAGCUUCGAUAGAGUGGUUUCUAGAUGAAGCUUCUGGGGCUGAAGAGGGGCAAGAUAAAAGAAUGGGAGCAAGGAUAGUUUAUCCUAAACCAGCAUGUUACAGUAUUUUUGUCAUGGAAGGACUCAUCGCAGUAUUGGUAGUUCUAGCUCUGUAUAAAAAACCUGCAUUUGAGGAGCAUGAUAUGAUUUUACCAACAAAAACAUGGUAUGAUAAUCAGCAAGGCUGUUGGUAAAUGAUGGAAAAUUAUCUUUUUAUGCCUGCACGUACGUAUGCUGCUGUAAGAUGACAUUUCAAUUAAAAGGUAAUCAGCAUUUAACAGACUGAAGUGUGAGAUUUUAUAUGGAUUAAUUUGUGUUGGGAUCAAUGGUGUAAAUUUACUCUUCUUCACUAAGCAUUCUUUCUGUUGAACGGAAAAUUUCUUGCAAGAAUGGAGUAUCAGUUAUGACUUAAUAUGUCUAUGCUUCCAAUAUAAGAAUUCAAAGACAGGCAGUUGUAUGUUCAAAUGCUAGGGAACUUCAAAGGAUGCAAAAAAACUUCGCCUUCACUGGCUUGCAUGUAUUGAUGGAGGAAUUUUAAACAGCACAUGAUGGGGUUGGAAGUUGAUUGGAUACAUCAAUCAACUGCCCAAUGUAAAAUACAAUUAUUUUUUUUUCUUUUCGAAAUGCUGGUUUUGUUAGUUAACUAAAGAAUUGGCCCUUUUAUGGGCAUUGUUUGUGGACAUGCAUUUAAUGCAAGAGGAUUGUUAGUUUA